AUGACAUCAACACCCGCAACGCCCACUCGCCGCUCCAAACGCUACCAGCCCCUCAUUACAAACCUUCCGCCUACUGCAUGGUACGACACCUCCACUUUCUGGACUCACUCCGAACCGUGCUAUACGCGUCCAAGUGCACCCGAAGAUUAUGAGGCGUUGAGAGAGGAAGACGACAGUUGGGAACUGAAGGAGGGCGCAUUGACGAGAUUCUACGAGUCUUUUACGCGCGUCGUCUCGGGGAAGCCUGGUUCGUCCUCGGUCUCGGGAAGGAGGAAGCCGCGGUCCUCUGUGCGCGGACAAUCUGGACGUGGGGCGAACGAGAAGGAAGUGUAUAAUGUGGGUGAUACGGUCUGUGUCCGGACGGGUUUGAUGUCGAAAGGGUUGAGUGUUGGCGUUAUUGUGGCAAUGUGGGAUUUACGGGUGGUAGAUAGUCGUGGUUAUGGCCCUGAGGAAGAUCCCGAUGAUGACGACGAUGAGGAACGUAGUGAAGAUGAAGGUGGCGGAAAGGGAGACAUACACGCGAAAAGGAUGUUCGUCAGGAUACACUGGUUUCAGAGACCUUCGGAGCUGCCCAGCGUACGGGCUAAGAGGGACCAUUAUGAGAAUGAAGUUUAUUACACCCUCAAUGCACAAGCCAUUCUCCCUCCUUCAAGUGUAGUUUGUCUCAGUACAGUCUCCACCAUCCCUCCUCCUCCCAGUUCCAAUUCCAAAUCCGGAGACUUGUCCCAACCAACUAUCCCUCGUACAUCACAAUCUCGAGGUACGCAUUCUCUCGCUACCGCCAACCAAGAAAGCACCACGUUCUACUGCCGCUCCGCGAUCGACUCGAGGAAAGGCAUCUACUAUGAAUUCGAUUGGGAGGAGAGAAGAUCGCUAGCACUUUCCCAGCCUGUCGAUGAGCAAGCCAGUGGGAGACCUUGGUUUGUGCCUAUUGAAACCACAUCUGGACGACGCACGCAUCUCGCCCAGACUCAAACGAAACGGCGGCAGCGAAGGCACGCGCCUCAGCAGACGGAGAGCGAUGUGAACUCAGAGUACCAAGGGUCUUCUGUAAGUAGGGAGGACGACAAAGACGAAGAUCUAUUCUCGGCCACCGGGGCCGAAUCUGAGGAAGAUAUUGUAGUGUUAAUAUCGGACUCAGACAUUGACGACGUCCCAAGAACCCCACGAAAACGGAGACGUACCACCGCUGCUUCCCCCUCGAAAUCGCCACGUACACCACGAAAAAAGGCUCGUACUGCACGUCUUGCCGCACCGACCCCUCACUCCAAAGCUGCUUUACGCGCACGGGCCCGGACAAGGAAGACACUUACCGUCCGUCUCCCACCCCCUGAUUUGACGCGGGAACAUGAUCGGGAAUUGAAAAAGUUCCCCCCAGACCCGUGGUUACGCGCGAUGCACGUGUUACAUGUAGCAGCGAGACCGGAUAUAUUGCCUUGUAGAGAGGAAGAGUUCCAUCGAGUACUGAGAACAGUGGAGGAGUUGUUGGAAGAGGGAAGUGGAGGGUGUGUUUAUAUUUCUGGCGUACCCGGGACGGGUAAAACGGCCACCGUACAUGCCGUCGUGAGGGAACUCAAACGCAUGGCAGAGAACAACGAGACCAACCCGUUCACGUACGUUGAAAUUAACGGACUCAAAAUUCCAGAACCAUCAGCAGCGUACAAUUUACUAUGGGAGAUUGUGUCUGGACACGAUCUCGCUAAGGAUGGUCAUCUGAGAGCUAGUGCUAGGGAAGCCCUCAAGCGGCUUAACAAGCACUUUACGGCGGGGAUUAGAGCGGGACCGGGUGGUCAUGCUUGCGUCGUGUUGAUGGAUGAAUUAGACCAGUUGGUGACAACGAAACAAGACGUGGUAUACAAUUUCUUUAAUUGGCCCACCCUCGUCGGUUCCAAACUGGUCGUUAUUGCCGUGGCAAAUACGAUGGAUCUCCCUGAGAGAGUGAUGAGUGGGCGUGUGCGAAGUCGACUAGGCAUGAUUCGAAUCAACUUUCAACCGUACACCACCCCACAACUCGUAGAAAUCGUCCGUGCGCGAUUAGAUACUGCCACUAACUCCCUUCCAAACAGCCACACGCAUCCGCCCGCACUCUCACCUGAUGCCAUCAAACUCGCGUGCAUGAAAGUUGCCUCAAUAAGCGGAGACGCCCGCCGCGUUCUUGACGUCUGUCGACGCGCAGUUGAACUUGCACAUGCAGAAGAGCGAUCCGGAGAAGCCAGGGAUGUACAGAAUGCGCUUGCGGCUUUACAGAGGAGUCCGACGGCGGCAUUCGUAAGUACGUGUAGUUUGCAUGAAAGGAUCAUGCUUGCUGCAUUGAUUCGAUGUAUAAAACGAGAGGGUGUGGAGGAGGUUAAGUGGGGUGAGAUUCAAGCCCAACAUCUAACGUACACUCCCGUUCUCGGAGAGGGCGAAUCAACGCGCGUACCUCAUCACACUCAAUUGACCAUCGUGUUGGACUCCUUACUCGCCUCACGUGCGAUCUUGAUGGAGGACGGGCAGCUCGCUGCUCGCAGACCGAUCGGCGAGAGACGGGUGAUUCUGAACUUGGAACAGACGGAAGUAGAACGCGUACUGGGAGAAAUGGGGGGGCAGGCAUGGAGGCAAGCGCUUAGCGUCGGCACGUGAUAUCAUAUAGAUCUAUCUCGGCACGUUACACCUACGACACGCUAUAACCACAGGGCUGCCGGUGCCACAGGGUGCUCGAAAAUGUUAGCGUAUUAGUAUCUUUCCACCGACUGUCGGAAAAGGAUGGAAGCGGAGAUAUUUAUCUCACCAACGUAGAAUAGCGUUUGUAUAAUAAGCGGAGGUAUCUGGAUUUUUACAGUAUCGUGCGUGCCUCGCGUGGGGCCCCGGCCGCCACAUGAUA